AUGCGCUCCGCUCGUUUGGAAGCCAAGUUUGGCGCAAAAUCUGAAGACGUACACACACCGAAGCUCCCAUCACCUCCAGGAACAAAGACGCCGCCUACCGUGCCGCAGACCCGUUCAAAGCAUAGUGACAACAACAUCAACAACCAGAAAGAUGCCCAGUCAACCACCUCGCGCAAGACAUCGGAAGCUGUUGACCCAGAUGCUCUGAGCAAAGCAUUGCAGCAGUUUGAAGAAGCUGGCCGAAACAGAGAACACACACCAGGCGAGAGCCCCAAGCGCAAGAGGCAGCGCGUCUACACGGACCGAUUCAUACCCAACCGAGCUGGACAGGACCUACAUGCCAGCUACAACUUGCUACACGACCAAGGCUCGCCCGCCACUCCCCAUCGCUCCAUCAAGAAACCUCCGGUCAAUGAGCUUAAUGUACAAAAGACAGACGAGGCUAACCGCACAUAUUCGUCCAUCCUCCGCUCUGAGAUGUUCAACGAUGAGAUCCCUCAAACCAUCCCUCAGCAUGACAAGUCUCUUACACCUCCUGGCAACUUCAACCUUACUCCUUCAACGCCACACAAGAAUCUGUUCUCAUACAAAUCCACGCAUCCGACGCCCUCCUUGACUCCACGCUCGCAUUCACGCACGGAGCGAGGGCCAAACAUCAAUGCUCGCUCCGAUAUCUAUAGCUUGUCACCAGUCAAGUACUCGUCACAGUCUAUGUUGCUAUCACCGCGCAAGACGCCCAGAGCUGUCAGCAAGGUCCCCUACAAGGUUCUUGACGCUCCUGAGUUGGCAGACGACUUCUACCUCAACCUUGUCGAUUGGGGUUCGAGCGGUGUCUUAGCUGUCGGUCUGGGUGACAGUGUUUACCUAUGGAACAGCGAAUCUGGAAAGGUAGAGCAGCUGUGUAAAUUGACGGCAGACACCGUCACCAGUGUUGGUUGGAUACAAAGGGGCUCGCAUCUGGCAGUUGGCACAGGCAGGGGCCAUGUCCUCAUCUUUGACACGGUCACACAACGGAGAUUGAGAACAAUGAUUGGCCACUCGGCUCGAGUUUCUUCGUUGGCGUGGAACGCUCACAUCCUCUCGACAGGCAGUCGCGAUCGAACAAUCCUCCAUCGUGACGUACGUUCACCGCAGCAAUAUCUAUCGAAGCUCGUCGGCCAUAAGCAGGAGGUCUGUGGCUUGCGCUGGAACAGUGACACAAACCAGCUGGCAUCUGGCGGCAACGACAACAAGAUCUUCAUCUGGGAUGGUCUUGACGAUCGCUGGUUGCAUCGUUGGGGCGAACAGGAGGGCGGUCACAAGGCUGCUGUAAAGGCUAUUGCAUGGUCACCGCAUCAACGUGGCUUGCUGGCUUCUGGAGGUGGUACUGCAGACCGCUGCAUCAAAUUCUGGAACACCAUUUCAACUGCUCAGCAUUCUGCAAACGCCGCCUUGACGAGCGCAAACUCUACUCACGCACAUUUGGAUCUCACAUCUGCUUCUCUUUCGGCCUUGCCGCAUCACGCCUCUCCUGAUCCCAUGACCUCGACACCUCAAAACCCCCACCUCUUGCGCAGCCAUGACACUGGCUCACAGGUCUGCAAUCUCCUCUUCUCAACCUUGACGUCUGAGCUCGUCUCGACGCACGGUUUCUCCCAACAUGCCAUCAACAUCUGGAAAUACCCAUCCAUGUCGCAAGUAGUCAGUCUGACUGGUCACACAUACCGUGUACUCUAUCUCAGCAUGAGUCCCGACGGCAGUGUAAUUGUCACCGGAGCUGGAGACGAGACACUUCGCUUCUGGGACGCUUUUGGCGGCGUUGGAAAAGCCAACAGGAAUGAAAACAGUGUCACUGGCAAGGGAAGUCUUGUCAAGGAGUGGAACGUGAUUCGGUAG